AUGCCCUACAACUCCCAUCUGAGAGUACACCAGAGGAUCCACACCGGGGAGAGGCCCUAUGAGUGUGGGGAAUGUGGGAAGGGCUUCAGCCGGAGCUCCCAACUGAUGGAACACCAGAGGAUGCACACUGGGGAAAAGCCCUAUGAGUGUGGGAAAUGUGGGAAGAGCUUCGGCCGGAGCUCCAGCCUGUGGGGACACCAGCGCACCCACACCGGGGAGAGGCCCUGUGAGUGUUCUGAGUGUGGGAAAAGGUUUCCAAGCAGCUCCGAUCUCCUCAAGCAUCAGAGGAAUCACACGGAUGAGAGGCCCUUCCGCUGCUCUGACUGCGGGAAGGGCUUCAAGCAAAACUCCAACCUCGUCACCCGCCGGCGCAUCCACACCGGGGAGAGGCCCUACGAGUGUCCUGAGUGUGGGAAGGGCUUCAGCUACAACUCCUGCCUGAUCCGGCACCAGAGGAUCCAUACUGGGGAACGGCCCUACGAGUGUGAGGAGUGUGGGAAGAGGUUUCAGACCAGCUCCGAUCUCCUCGUACAUCAGCGGAUUCACGCAGAAGAGAGGCCCUUCCACUGCUGCAACUGUGGGAAGGGCUUCAAUCAAAACUUCUAACUCCUCAGGCACUGGUGCAUCCACAGCAGGGAGAGGCCCUACGAGUGUCCCGAGUGUGGGAAGGGCUUCAGCUGCAACUCCGACCUGAUCCGGCACCAGAGGAUCCACACUGGGGAACGGCCCUAUGGGUGUGGGGAAUGUGGGAAGGGCUUCAGCCGGAGCUCUGAGCUGAUCCGGCACCAGGUGGUCCACACAGGGGAACGGCCCUAUGAGUGCUUGCAGUGUGGGAAGAGCUUCGGGUGGAGCUCCACCCUGAGGGCACACCAGCACACCCACACUGGGGAGAGGCUCUACCAGUGUUCUGAGUGUGGGAAGAGGUUUCAGAGGAGCUCCCAUCUUCUCGUACAUCAGCGCAUUCACACGGAUGAGAGGCCCUUCCGCUGCCCCGACUGCGGGAAGGGCUUCAAACACAACUCCCACCUCAUCAGGCACCGGCGCAUCCACACCGGGGAGAGGCCCUACGAGGGUGUUCCAGGGGAUGAUGAAGUCCGAGUGUCACUUCAUGAAGGGCAGCGAGCGGGUGAGGUUGGUGCAGAGGAGCAUCUGACACCGGGAGCAGCAACUGCACUCGCCAGCGAUGUGGGGCUGUUGGUGGGGGACACCCCGUGUGGGGAGAAACAGGCGCAGUGCUGGAACAGCCAUGCAGCAAGAGUGGGGUACAAAGGGGCUCUGGCGGACAGGCUCUGCCGGCACAACCGCGAGAUCGUUGCCCCGUUGCUGGCGGAGCGCAGAGGUGCAGAACGUCGGGCAGAGCGAGUCCCCUCGGGCCCUGCCCUGGGGAUGAGCCUGGAGCCCCUCAGCCCCCCUGGAGCCCAUCCCCGGGGCCUCUUGUCCUUCCAGAUGCCAGCGGACACUGCCCGCAGCAAGAUUCUGAUGGGGAUCGGGGACUUCGUGUUGGGCUUCAUCUUCCUGGCGCUGGGGCUCGGCUUUCACUUGCUCGAGGAGGUGACGGGGGGUCCCGGGGAUCGCAUCCCCCCUCCCCCAGAGCGUGUGUUCCAUUCCUGGGGAAAAGCCCACUGGCACUUCCUUGAUGACAACAACUGGGUGAAGUUCACGGACAGGAACAUCUACAACUGGGAGCAAUUUGGGCACAGAGGAUACCCCAAAAUUUGGAGCUCCCACUCCUCCUACUGUUAA